ACAGCGAUCCGUAUCCAUACGACAAAUUCGUCUCGCUCCGGCUCGAAAGGCAAUUCCAGAAGCAAUUCUAGAAGCAAUUCGAGGGAGAAUUCAUCGGCACCUGACGAAUAUACAGACGGUACCUCUUCCGAAGAAGAUAGAUCAUUUGGACCACCUUCUCGAUCCACAUCGCGCCCACCCCGCAAUCGAACUUUGUCUACUUCAACGUAUAGACAACACAGCGAUAGUAGAAGCCGACCUCCCUCAACAUCCAGAGUCCCCCCUCAGACAAACCGUGCCUCCUCUGCGUCACGAAAGGCUCGACAGCAAAUGCCUGCAUCCCCGACCAACGGCGAGCACUUUGAAGACCAAUAUGCUGGGAAUAGUCGCGCAUAUCAGUCGUUCGGUGGAGCAUAUACAAGACCUGCUGGAGCUAGCUAUGCUCAAAAUGCCUAUCCAAGUCAUUCAGGAGGCGGAUACGCACCUCCAUUUCAGACAGCUGCAAUGACUCCGUAUAGCGCUCAGGCAGCUGCAUACCAGUAUCCCUCUACCCCAAAUAAUCAAUAUCAAAAUCCACCUGCACCUGCACCCAUUACAGCACCCUCCCAGUACUUGAAUACAUCCUAUCCCAAUAACAACUACACAGGUGGUUACGAUAUGGUACACUAUUCGCAGCAGCAUCCGCAGCCGUCCAAUCAUGGGUAUGGAGGAUAUGCUGGGUACGGAUUACCUUCAACCGCUCCAAUGCAGAACCUAAAUUAUUACCCGAACUGGAAUGCCAAUGAGCCUGCAGCGCCGCCUUCCCCAGACCCUGCGCUACAAAAACAACUAAUAUCUUUGCAAGCCGAAUCUGAUAAGGCAUUAAAACUACUUGCAGAGAAAGAAAAGCAGGAAGCCGAUGUCAAAGCUCAAUUGGAUAAUCUAAAAAAAGAACAGCUUGAGAAACUUCAGAGAGAUCAAGCUUUUGAAGAAGCAAAGAAAAGGGCUAAAGAAGAAAUAGAGGAAGCAGCGAGAUUAGAAGAGGAACAGAAAAGGAUAUGGCAGGAAAGACUUGAACAAGAAAAAAACGCGGUCUUAAAUGCCGUCAAAGAAGCACAAGAAAUAGCUAAACAAGAAGAGAAGGCGAAAGCAGAAGAGGCCCUAAGAAGCAAACUAGAAUGGGAAGAAAAGUUAGAAAAUGAGAGAAAAGCCGUACGACUUGCUAUUGAAGAAGCCCAAAAACAAGCAAAGGAGGAAGAAGCUAGAAAAGCCCAGGAAGCUGCUGAAGCUCAAGAGAAGUUAGAGCAGAAGAUUGCUGAAGAAAAAGCACAAGCACUUAAAGAAUAUGUUGAAGCUCAGAAAGCCGCCGCAGAGGCUGAGCAGAAAGCACAAGAGCAAGCUGAAGCUGAACGAGAAAAAUGGGAAACCAAAAUUAAAGCGGAAAGAGCGCAAGCCAUGCUAGAUUACGAGAAAGAGCAAAGAGAUAAAGCCGAAGCGGCGGAAAAGGCACGAGCUGAAGAGGAGGAAAAGAAGGCUGCACUUGAACGGAGAAUUGAAGAGGAAAAAUCACAGGCGGCCAUCAGAGCACUAGCUGAAGCAAAAGCGGCAGCAGAAGCACAGGCAAAAAGAGAAGCUAAAAAGGCAGCAGAUGAGAGGAAAAGAGCUGAAGCUAAAGCUGAACUUGAGAAGAUAAGACAAGAUGCCGCUGACGAGGCUAUAAGACUGAGAGAGGAAGCAGCAAAUCUAAAGAAGGAGGGUGAGGAAGCCGCCCAGAAGUUGAAGGAAGAGGCCGAAAGACUCAAGAAAGAAGGAGAAGAGGAAGCUGCAAGGCUUAAGAAGGAAGCGGAGGAGGCUGCUGAAAAACUUAAAAAAGAAAAUGCUGAAGCUCUGGCCCAGGCUAUGGCUCCUCCUCCAGAUGACAAAAAGAAAUCGAUCAAGUUUAAAGAUGCCGUUGGAAGGAAGUUUAGUUUUCCUUUUCAUCUAUGCUCGACUUGGGCUGGUAUAGAAGAGUUAAUCCGUCAGGCCUUCUCACACAUUGAUGUCGUAGGAGGUCAUGUUGCCGAAGGGCAUUAUGACCUGAUUGGGCCGAACGGUGAAAUUAUUCUUCCCCAAUUAUGGGAAACAAUGAUUGAACCAGACUGGUCCGUGACAAUGCGCUUAUGGCCAAUGGACCCUGAACCUGAACCGCCGAAAGCUGAGACUCCGCCACCACCACCUCCUCCCCCACCUCCAGCGCCUGCUCCACCGCCACCGCCACCAGUGAAUCCCGUAGUUAUGGUACCCAAGCCGCGCAGACGACUUGUUGAGCCUGUGAAGACGAGUACUCUAUUUGGAUGGGUCGCAGGUUUGCCUAUGAAGGCUCCGCCAAAAGGCAGGGCCAAAAAGAAUUAA